UGGUAGGUCACCACAUCGGUUGAAAGCUACCUAUACCACACUUCAUAAUAUAAGACUACGGUGGAACCUGAGAGGUGGAACCGGUUCCAAUGAAGUUGUUUAGUUCGGUAGUGCAAUCCGCGCGAAUAAGUGGUGAUUGAGGUUGAAACAGUCAAAUUACACGUGUUUUGUCCAGUUUGGUAUUGUUUGUGUUACUAAUCCAUUUCACUCUCAGAUUUAUUUCCACCCAAGCUCAGGAGUGGAUCGUUGAGUUGUGCUCUCUUCUAUACCAGAAUCAUGGCGAGUGGUAAAAUCGCAAUUCUCAGUGUAUCAGACAAAUCCGGUCUGUUGGACUUGGCCAAAGGCCUAAACCAACUAGGUCUGAAGUUGGUGGCCAGCGGGGGUACUGCCAAGACCGUUCGCGACCAGGGACUUCCGGUUCGCGAUGUCUCGGAUGUGACGGGUGCUCCCGAGAUGCUGGGAGGUCGCGUGAAGACUUUGCACCCGGCGGUGCAUGGCGGAAUCCUGGCCCGACAGACCCCAUCCGAUUUGAGCGACAUGAAGCGACAAAAUUUCGAAUUUGUGCAGGUGGUGGUGUGCAAUUUGUACCCCUUCGGUUUGACCAUCUCGAAGCCCGAUGUGACGGUCGAUGACGCCGUUGAGAACAUUGACAUCGGCGGAGUAACGUUGCUGCGGGCUGCGGCUAAAAACCACAAACGAGUAACGGUAUUGUGCGAUCCAUCUGAUUAUGGAAAAGUACUCGAUGAAUUAAAGCAGUUCGGGGACACUACCGAUGCAACCAGACAACUUCUCGCCCUGAAGGCGUUCACCCAUACAGCCGAGUACGACAACCUGAUCUCCGAUUACUUCCGAAAGCAAUAUUCGGCAGGAGUAUCGCAGCUAAACCUUCGGUACGGCAUGAACCCUCACCAGAAACCUGCCCAAAUCUUCACCACGCUGGAGAAACUCCCACUGAAGGUUGUCAAUGCUUCGCCCGGAUUUAUCAACCUUUGCGAUGCGUUAAAUGGCUGGCAAUUGGUUCGUGAGCUCAAGAGAGCAUUGGGGCUUCCAGCUGCCACAAGUUUCAAGCACGUGUCACCAGCUGGAGCUGCUGUAGGCGUUCCACUGACACUGGAUCAAGCAAAGCUGUGCAUGGUUGAUGAUCUGUUCGAUAGCCUCACACCGCUGGCAACGGCUUAUGCACGCGCUCGUGGUGCCGAUCGUAUGUCUUCUUUCGGUGACUUUGUUGCUCUCUCAGACACGUGCGAUCUGGUUACAGCUAAAAUUAUCUCUCGAGAGGUAUCCGAUGGCAUCAUCGCCCCUGGAUAUACCGAAGAGGCUUUGGAACUGUUGAAGAAGAAGAAAAAUGGAGGAUACUGUGUUCUCCAGAUUGACCCUACCUAUGAGCCAAGUCCAGUGGAGAAGAAGACCUUGUUUGGGCUGCAGAUGGAACAGCGACGUAACGACGCCGAUAUCAACAAGGCAUUGUUCACUAAUGUCGUAACCAAGAACAAAACACUCCCGGAAGGUGCUCUCAGAGAUCUAAUCGUUGCCACCAUCGCCCUGAAGUACACUCAAAGCAACUCUGUGUGCUACGCGAAGGAUGGCCAGGUUGUGGGCAUUGGCGCUGGACAGCAGUCGCGUAUCCAUUGUACUCGACUUGCCGGUGAGAAGGCCGAUAACUGGUGGCUCCGGCAGCAUCCCCGUGUGACGUCCAUGCAGUUCAAGAAGGGCGUGAAACGGGCGGAGAUCUCGAAUGCCAUUGACAACUACGUCAACGGAACUGUCGGCAAGGACAUGCCGUUGGGACAGUUCGAGUCCAUGUACGAGAAGGUGCCCGAAUUCCUAACUGAAACCGAUAAGCAAAGUUGGGCCAAACAGUUGACGGGAGUAUCUCUCGGCUCGGAUGCGUUCUUCCCAUUCCGGGACAAUGUAGACAGGGCCCGGUUAAGCGGUGUCUCGUACAUCGCUAGCCCGAGUGGUUCGACGAACGACGCUGGAGUGAUCGAAGCAUGUAAUGAUCAUGGAAUUGUGAUGGUGCACACCAAUUUGAGAUUGUUCCACCACUAGGAGUUACUAGUUAGGUUAAUAAAAAUGUUUCUGAUAGCAGUUCCUUGGUAUUGAAGUUCAAUAACAUAUUUUUGGUAAUAAAUCUCAGUUUAUUAUAUUUUGAAUUU